AUGAUCGCUUCAACAACCGUCCUCCCCCUCUCAUCAGCAGAGAAGAUAGCGUCGUACCAACUUCUCCCGCCCAAUGGCCUAGCGAGCGAGGCAGCCCAGGCAGCGCACCGCAUCAACAUCCUCAACAGCUGGGGCACAGACGUGAUCAAGCCCGGCAGCCGCGUCCUCGAGAUCGGCUGCGGGCAGGGCAACUGCACCGCCGUGCUGGCCGAGGCGGUCGGCCCGACGGGCCACGUCGAUGCGUGCGACCCCGCCCCGCCAGACUACGGAGCGCCAUUCACGCUUGCCGAGGCGCAGACGCACCUUUCGGAGAGCGAGAUUGGCAGCAGGAUUACAUGGCACAGGGGGAAGCCUUGGGAGCCCGCCGCACCGGAUCAGGAAGGGACAGGUGUAUCCGAACGGAGGUGGGAUGUCGUCGUGCUGGCGCACUGUGUGUGGUACUUCAAGGGGCGCGAUGAGCUUUCCAAUAUCCUUGGGGAUCUGAAGGCAAAGGUAAUAGAGGGCGGCAAGGUGUGUAUCGCGGAAUACGUGCUGCACGCCACGGAGAAGGCGGCGUGGCCUCAUGUCCUGGCCGCCUUGGCGCAAGGGACCUUGCAGGCGCUGAGGACCGAGGAGAGCCAGGAAAAUAUCCAGACACCUCUCAGUCCCCACCAGAUCAAGUUUAUCGCCCAUGAUCAGGCCUGGCGCCUUGAUCAUGAGGCAGUGCUUGUUCCCGAGGACGGUCUCCUAGAUGGGAGCUGGGAAGCUGGAUCAAUUGCUAGUGAGGAUUUCUUGGGAGAGGUGGAACAAUCCGUGGCUAGGAAGGAUUGGAAAUCAGAUGCAAUGUUGAAAGCCAUGCGUGCGUCGGUUCUAGUUGCCGUGGAAGCUGUUGGUGGUGUGAAGAAGACGCGAACGAUGGAUGUGUGGACGGGCGUGUUCUCCACAAACGUGGACCAGCGACAGUGA